CCCGGGACCCGCUUCCUGCCGCGGCCGCGGGUUCGGCUCCGCGGCCCGGCCCGGUACCGGAGCGGAUCGGAGCGGCCCCGGCCCGGCCCGGUGCGGCGGAGGGGCCGCGCCAUGCCGAGCCGCCCCCAGCCCCGCGCCGCCUGAGCCGGGCCCGCGCCGCCGCCUGCCAGAAAUGGAAACAAACAACCAUUUUAACUUCACUGGCCUUUCCUCUGCACCCGCUGCCUCAGGACCGAAACCCACACCUGCCUCAGGGGACCCCCCCUUCGCCCACAGCUCCCCGCUCGGCUUCCCCCCGCAAGGGAAAAGUCUGAACGGGGGCAUGAAUGUCAAUGGCUUCUCUACUGUAUCCCACCCCGGUACUUCAGGGACGUUCUCGCCCGGCUCGGCGCCCGCCGGGGCGCAGCCCCUCCGCGCCUACGACUGCCUGUGGGACUACGCGCCCUACGCGCCGGCCGGCGGCCUCAAGGACGGGGCCCCGCCCGCCCUCGGACAGUUCCCCCUCAACGGCGUGGCCGGGGGGUCGCGGCCGGCAUCGCCCGGACACGGCACCAACCUGCGGGCGGCCGGGCAGGAGUUCUGGGGCAACGGCACCGCCGGGCCCAUGGGGCUGAACUUUGACUCGCAGGAGCUCUACGACUCCUUCCACGAGCAGAGCUUCGAGCUGAUGCAGAACGGGCCCGACGGCUUCUACGCGGCGGGGCAGUCGUCGCCCAUCCUGAGCUCGGACGCGCAGCCCUUCCCGCUGGCUCCGGACGAGCCGGACCCCGGCCAGGGAGCCGCUGACGGCGCAGCCAAAGAGAUGCCCAGCAGCACCAGCACCACCAUCACGGAGAACGGGGGUGGGCUGGUGGGCAGCCAGGAGCUGGAGGAGGCACAGCCAGACCUGAAGGUGUGCAGCUACAACGGGGCUGCAGCUGCUGGCACGGGGUCGCUGGGGCCGGAGGGGCCCGUCCUGGGGGAGGCAUCGCCCAUCGCCCCGCGGCUGGAGGACACCCACAUCCUCAGCGGGGACCCCCUGGAGCCCUUCGAGUCGCUGGCCAGAGACCCCGGCACCGGCGACCUGUACGCCAUGGACGACUCGCAGCUGGUGAGCGACAAGUCGUCCUUGGAGGAGCCCCCCGACCUGGCCGCCAGCCCCGGCGCCUUCAGCCUGCUGCCCGCCAGCCCCUCGCCCGCCCCGCUGCUCGAUGGCCCCGGCUCGCCGCCCGCCCUGCACGGCGACAACGCCGAGCUGAAGAGCGGCGACCACGCGGGGCUGCGGGAGUCGGGGUCCCUGGAGCCGCUGGAGCCGGAGUCCCCGGCCCCGUCUGCUGAGGAGGAGGAGGAGGAAGAAGAGGAGGAGGAAGAAGAGGAGGAGGAGGAGGAAGAAGCCGCCGACAGCUGCCCGGAGACUUCGGCCGUGCCAGAAGGAGACAGCGCCCAGCUGAGUGCCUCGGGGGCAGGUGAUGCCCCUCGCCGGCGCAUCGCCACGCAGGAGGAGGUGCGCUUCCCGCUGCAGCACGGGUGGAGGCGGGAGGUUCGGAUCAAGAAGGGGAACCAUCGCUGGCAGGGCGAGACCUGGUACUACGGCCCCUGCGGGAAGAGGAUGAAGCAGUUCCCGGAGGUGAUCAAGUACCUGAGCAGGAACAUGGUGCAGGAUGUGCGGCGUGAGCACUUCAGCUUCAGCCCCCGCAUGCCCGUGGGAGACUUCUACGAGGAGCGGGACACGCCCGAGGGCGUGCAGUGGGUGAAGCUGAGCCCCGAGGAGAUCCCCGGGCGCAUCCAGGCCAUCACGGGCAAGCGUGGCCGGCCCCGCAACGCCGAGAAGGCCAAGCCCAAGGAGCCCCCGGCCGCCAGGCGGGGCCGGGGCCGCCCGCCCAAGCUCAGGAUGCUGGAUUUGCUGAGCAAGACGGACGCACGGCUGCUGAAGAGGCUGGAAGCACAAGAGGUGCUCAGCGAGGAGGACAAGUUGAAAAUGAGCAAGAUCAAGAAGAAAAUGAGGCGGAAGGCCAAGAACAAGCAGAAGCAGGAGGCCAAAGCCCCCAGGGCCAAGGAGGCCAAGAAGAAAUCCAAGGUCAAGGAGAAGAAGGGAAAGCCUGAGAAGGGCAAGGACAAGGCAAGGCCCAAGGAGAAGAAAGGCACCAAGGGGGCUCGGAAGGCAGACAAGGGGCUGCUGACCCAGCGGCGCCUGGAGGAGCGGCAGCGGCAGCAGCUCAUCCUGGAGGAGAUGAAGAAACCCACGGAGGACAUGUGCCUGGGGGACCACCAGCCCCUUCCAACCUUCUCGCGCAUCCCGGGGCUCGUCCUGCCCGGCCGCGCCUUCUCGGACUGCCUGACGGUGGUGGAGUUCCUGCAGAGCUACGGGAAGGUGCUGGGGCUGGAGCCGGCCCGGGACGUGCCCACGCUGGGGGCGCUGCAGGAGGGGCUGCUGGGGGUGGCCCCCGGCGCGGGGCAGCUGCAGGACCUGCUGGUGAGGCUGCUGCAGGCAGCGCUCUGCGACCCCGGCCUGCCGCCCUACUGCCAGUCCAUGAAGAUCCUGGGGGAGAAGGUGUCGGAGAUCAGCCUGAACCGGGACACGGUGUCGGAGGUGCUGCGCUGCUUCCUGACGGCGCACGGGGCGGGCGCGGAGCUGAGCCAGGGGCUGCGCACCAAACCCUUCCAGGCGCUGCCCCCCGACACCAAGGCCGCCAUCCUCGUCUUCCUGGUCAACGAGCUCAACAGCAGCGCCCUCAUCAUCAGUGAGAUUGACAAAACCCUGGAGAGCAUGUCCAGCUACAGGAAGAACAAGUGGAUCAUCGAGGGCCGGCUCCGCAGGCUGAAGGUGGCCCUGGCCAAGAAGACGGGCCGUCCCGAGUCGGAGAUCACGGGGCUGGAGGACGGGCGGCGCCGGCGCAGCUCGCGCCUGACGGAGGACGUGGGGCUGGAGAUGGAGGAGGAGGAGGAGACCCGAGGGCGGAGAUCCCGCCGGGAGGAGGAGGCUGACACCUCUGCGUCCAGCGUGCCGGAGCUGGAGCGGCAGAUCGAGAAGCUGGCCAAGAGGCAGAUGUUCUUCCGCAAGAAGCUGCUGCAUUCCUCCCAGACCCUCCGUGCAGCCUCCCUGGGCCAGGACCGGUUCCGGCGGCGCUACUGGGUGCUGCCCCACCUGGGCGGAAUCUUCGUGGAGGGCGCGGAGGCAGCUGAGCUGGAGGCUCAGGAGCCCCCGGAGGAGAAGGUGUCCCCACAUGUGGCCCCGGUGAAGGAGGAGCCGGCGGCCGUGCCGGUGGCCAGCAGGACCAGCUGCCCAACCUCAGCCUCUCGUGCCCGUGGGCGGCCCAGAAAGGGCAAGGAGGAGCUGGCACAGCACUGCGAGCCCUGCCCCACGCCGCUCAACGGGGUCCUGGAGGAGCCAGAGCCCCUGGGGCAGAGCCAGCACGACCUCAGCCAGUCCGCCUUCCUGUCCUGGCUGAGCCAGACACAGUCGUCCCUGCUCAAGGACUCGGUCCUCACCCCGGCCAGCAGCCCCGGCAAGGGGGACACGGGGCCCGAGGGCCCCCAGGACACCGUGGAGGAGGAAGAGGAGGAGGAGGAGGAGGAAGAGAGAGCCCCAGAGGCCGUGGCGAAGCGGGGGCCCUGGUUCAACCUGCUGCCCCGCACGCCCUGCGAUGACCGGGCCACCCUCGCUGCCCCCUCGGCCGAGCCCUCGCCGCGAGCCCCCGCAGCCCCCCGCAGCCAGGGCCGGGGGGAGCCCCCCAAGGGCUCGGCACGGCAGCUGAACGGCCUCCCCGCCGACGACCCCACGGCUCCCCUGCUCGCCUCCACGCCGGUGCACGCCGGCCCCAGGGCCCACGGCGCCUGCCCCCGCAGCCAGGCCAGCCUGGAGAAGCUCCAGGACGUGCCGGGACAACCCAAACGCCGGGGGAGACCCCCUACCAAAUUCUUCAAGCAGAUGGAGCAGAAAUACCUGACGCAGCUGACGGAGCAGCCGGUGCCCAGCGAGAUGCAGAGCGGCUGGUGGUGGCUGCGGGACCCCGAGGAGCUGGAGGCCGUGGCGCGGGCGCUGCACCCGCGCGGCAUCCGGGAGAAGGCGCUGCACAAGCACCUGACCAAGCACAGGGAGUUCCUGCGCGAGGUGUGCCUGCGGAGCAGCACGGACCCCAUUUUCCACCCUGCUGCUGCCGUGUCUCAGGAGGCCCUGGCUCAGUGGUCAGUGCCCGACCGAGCCUACGAGACGGACCUGGGCGUGCUGCAGUGGGUGGAGGAGCUGGAGCAGCGUGUCCUCAUGGCUGACCUGCAGAUCAGGGGCUGGACGUGCCCCAGCCCGGACUCGGCGCGGGAGGACCUGCGCUACUGCGAGCACAAGGUGGAGGCUGUGGAGGAGAUCACGGCGCGGGGGCGGCGCGGGGACGGGGCCCCCCCUCGCCGGGAGCUGACCAACCCGCUGGACCUGGCCGUGCUGCGGCUGCUGGCGCUGGAGCAGAACCUGGAGCGCCGCUACCUGAAGGAGCCGCUGUGGCCGCUGCACGAGGUGGUGCUGGAGAAGGCGGUGCUGAGCGGGGCCCAGGAGCUGGGCGUGGCUCCCACCGAAAUUGCCUACGAGAUCACGCCGCGCGUGCGGACGUGGCGCCAGACGCUGGAGCGCUGCCGCAGCGCCGCCCAGGUGUCCCUGUGCAUCUUCCAGCUGGAGAAAUCCAUCGCCUGGGAGAAAUCCGUCAACAGAGUGACAUGCCUGGUGUGCCGGCGAGGGGACGACGACGAGCAGCUGCUGCUGUGCGACGGCUGCGACCGCGGCUGCCACCUGUACUGCCACCGGCCCCGCAUGGCCCAGGUGCCCGAGGGGGACUGGUUCUGCUCCGUCUGCGUGGCACGGGCAGGACAAUACCGGGACCCCAUCUCCCCCCGGCGGGGCAAGAAGCGGAAACGGGGCCGGGGGGCGUCGGGGAGCCCCGGGCAGGAGGAGCCGAGCCCGCGGCGCCGCCGCCGCCGGGAGGGGCUGCCCGUGUCCCCCCGGCUCUCGGGGCAGCCCCCGGGGCCCCCCCGGCGCCGCAGCUCGGCCCCGCGGGGCCAGAAGAGCGACCUGACCUUCUGCGAGAUCAUCCUGAUGGAGAUGGAGUCUCACGAGGACGCCUGGCCCUUCCUGGAGCCCGUCAACCCCCGGCUGGUGCCCGGCUACCGCCGCAUCAUCAAGAACCCCAUGGACUUCGGCACCAUGCGCAGCCGGCUGCUGCGGGGCGGCUACUCGAGCUCUGCCGAGUUCGCCGCCGACGCCCUUUUGGUGUUCGACAACUGCCAGACGUUCAACGAGGACGAUUCUGCGGUGGGGCGGGCGGGGCACGCCAUGCGCCGCUUCUUCCAGAGCCGCUGGGAGGAGUUUUAUCAGGGAAAAGCCGCUCCCGACCCGUGAGUGGGGGGCUCCGGGGGGCUGGGGGCGUCCCCACGCUCCCCCCGAACUGCCUCCUCUGGAGCUGCUCUCGCUGCCUGCUGAUCCCACACGGGGGUCCCCACCCAAAAUUCACCCCACAAAAAACUUCAGGCAGCGUGAAUGGGCCCCCCCUCCCC